UAUGAGUCCUGUAGGAGAUGCCUUCAGGUCCCGCUGUCGUAUGUUCCCCUCUCUGGUCAACUGCUGCACCAUCGACUGGUUUGUACAGUGGCCCCGUGAGGCCCUCCUCUCCGUGUCCCAGACCUUCUUCCAGAACGUGGAGUUUGGCAGUGAGGAGAUGAAGGAUCGUUUCAGUGAGAUGUGUGUGGAGAUCCACGUCAGUGUGACAGACAUGGCCGAGAGGUUCUACUCUGAGCUGAGACGACGCUACUACACUACCCCCACCUCUUACCUGGAACUGAUUAACCUCUACCUGGCCAUGUUGGGAGAGAAGAGACAGCAACUAGUGGCUGCUCGUGACAGGGUAAAGAAUGGUCUGACUAAGCUGUUGGAGACCAACGUGUUGGUGGAUAAGAUGAAGGUAGACCUGUCAGCUCUGGAGCCUGUCCUCAAACAAAAGUCUAUAGACGUCAACGCCUCAUGGGGAAACUAG